AUGACGAGAUCGGCCGACCCGGACGAGGAGAUCUGGGGUACAAGAGAGGAGCUCCUGCUGGCAAGCGCCGUUAGCCGGCACGGGGCGCAAAACUGGGACUCGGUGGCCAUGGAGGUGCAGAAGCGUAGGCCCAUCGCCACUCUCGUCACCGCCCAGACCUGCGAGAAGCGCUUCCACGACCUUCAGCGGCGAUUUACGGCAGAAAAGAGCGGGAUCGACGGCGAGGACGCUCGCGGCGGCGCCGAAUCAGAUACGAUCUCCCUGCUCGAGAAACUCCGGAAACUCCGUGUCGCCGAGCUCCGGCGAGAGGUCGAGCGUUACGACGUUUCCAUCUUGUAAAUCCACGGCGCUCUUAAUUUUCGCCUAGUUCUUUGCCGAUUUUUCUUCUCUAGACCGAGGAUCUGAUGUCGGCUGGUUUGUGGUGGCGAUUAGAUCUAAUUUGUUAUUUUCUCUGGUAUUUAUUUCCUGAUAUCUCUGCCUUUAUCCAGAUCUCUCCAAUUGAAAGUGAAAGAGCUCAAAGAAGACCGCGAACGGACGCUCCCCGAGGAGCAGCAUUCUGGCGACCGGGCGCCGGAUCCGCCGGAGGCCGAGGGGAAGAAGAAAGGCGCCGAGUCGCCGAUGCGCUCGACGGAGAACGCCGCCGCGGACUGCGCCUCGAACGGGGACAUCGGCCGCUCCUGCAGCGAGUCGAACUCCACGGGACAGAAGGCCACCCAGGAUUCCGACGCCGCAACGGACGGCAACCCCGACGGGGCAACGGACGGCGCCGGGAGCAGGGACCCUGCGGCGGCGGAUCCGGUCACCGGGGACGACGAGAAGCUCGCCGGUGAGGGCUCCUACAACGGGAGCUCCGACACGGUGGCCAAGGGCACGGAAGCGGCCACCCCCCCGGAUGAGCCGGUGGCGACGAACCCCGCGAACCGGACGGACGCGGGCGACUCCGGCGAGUCCAUGGCCGAGUCGAAAGGGGAGGAGACUUCCAAGGAGGGCAGCGACGUUCAGAGCUCGGCGAGCCCCUCCCGGCGGCGAUUCUCGCGGCGGACGGCGGGUUCCGGGGUCAGCAGCGGGGGGGACGACGCGGAAGCCGACGAGGUCUCCCUCCCGUCCAAGAUCAUCGCCGCCGCCCGAUCUCCACCCUUGGCGGCGUCCUUCCUCGAGACCAUCCGGUCUUCCAAGCUCGGUUCCACGUUCGAGCGACGGAUCGAGUCCCAGGUACUUUUUCCAAUUCUAGCAAAUCCUCAUCUCCUCCUCCCCUCCCCGGUCAUCCAUCGAAGAACCCACCUUCUCCCCGUUAUUCAUUAAAAAAUAUUUAAAGUAAGUACGAAAACUUAUUUCCGCUGAUUUUUCCAAGAGAUGACGCAUGACAUUAAUAUCGAGAAAAUAAGAUCGGGCCUCCUCCCCUGUAUCUUGUGGGAGCCGGCGCGCUCCAUCUGGGAUGCGCUGUGGAACGUGGGACCGAUCUGUGUCCGUUCGAUCUCGAUCAGGACUGUGAUGAUCUCUCUUCUGGACCUGGAGGGAGAGAAAGAGAGAGAGCCGCAGCAGUUCUGCUGUCCCCUCGGCACGGGAUAGUAAAGCUGGCUCGGGCCAGCUUAUAUCGCUAGUAGUGCUAGCGGGGCCCAGUUGGCGACCGUCUCGUCAGGAGACGAGUCAGCCGAUCCGAAUCGACCCAGUUCGAUAGCCGUCCGUCGGUCACUCUCUUUUUAAGCUUGCUUGUUAUCAUUUAUUUCCGUGCUCGCUGUAUUCGUCUUUGACUCUCAUCUCUCUCUCUCUCGCUAUGAUCAGGAGACGACGAGGUACAGGAGCUUGAUUCGGCAACACAUGGAUCUGGCGACGGUGCAGGGGAAGAUGACGGAGGGGUUAUAUACGCGGGAGGUCGAGUUCUACCGCGACUUGCUGCUGCUCUGCACGAACGCGGUCGUCUUCUUCCCCAAGGAUUCCACGGAGCACACGGCGGGAGUGCAGCUGCGGGAGCUCGUCCGGAAUCAGAUUGCCGUCGCGGUUCAGAAGGCCGCCACCGCGGUGCCCUCCACGGCGGCGGCCGAAGAGACGGCUCUCCCGCCUGCGCCGACGUCGCCGGCGGGGCCGCCGGCGGUUCCCGUGACCAAGGUGGAACCCGAUCUCUCGGACUCGCAUCUGGAGAAGCCGAGUUCUGACACUCCACUGGUUUCUUGCCGGAAACGGAGCUCUGUUUCUACUGGGAAGGCGGCUGCGAAGGUGGCGGCAGAGCCAAAGGUGGAGGAGGAGGAGAAACCGGAGCCGGACGAGGAAGAAAUGGAGAAGACGGAGAAGAAGAGGGCAGUGAAAGAGAGGUCGUCCGUUGUGGGGGUGAGACGGUUGAGGACCGGCAAGGGGAGAAGGAAGGCCAACGGAGCGGGCAAUAAGAAGAGCCCCCCCGCGAACUCUGUGCCGGCCGCGACGGAGAACUCAUCAGGGAGCGCGAAGUCGGAAACGAAGAAUGCCAGCAGCGGUGCCGCCGGCAACGCCAACAUCUCGGCAGCGAAGAAGAGGAGCGCGGUGAACUUCUUGUCACGGAUCAGCCGCAGUGCCGCGGCGUCCUCCUCCAACGGGACACUUCUGGAGACCCCGAAGAGCUCCUCUGGGAGAGGGGGCAAGGCGGCCGGCGGCGAACAGAAGAAGGGCGGGAGGAAGGAGCAGAGCCCAAGGCAGGGAUCGGCGGCUGCGGGCUCGUCGGGUAAGCAAGCGCAGGAGCAGAGCGUCCCCGUGAAGCGGGGCGUGGGAAGGCCCCCCAAGAGGCCUCCGCCGCCGCUGCCGCUGCCACCCGCGAAGAGAGGGAGGGUGGCCGAGGCGGACGCUCCGCCACCCCCCAGGGCGGCGGCGGGGAAGAAGAGAGGGAGGCGAUGA